CCCGCAGCGCUCCGCGCGUCCGCCGAUGCUCCAGCUCUGCCAGGUCACGGCCUCGCUGCUCCUGGGCACGGCCAGGGCAGCGUGCGACCGGGAGCUGCUGGAGCGGGAGGGGGUCACCUUCUGCGUCAAUGUCACCCGGCAGCAGCCCUUCCCCGGCCUGCGGAGCGUCCGCGGCAUCCGCGUCCCCGUGCUGGACGAUCCCGCCGAGGACCUGGCCCGGUACUUCGAGCCCUGCGGGGCCGCCAUCGAGGAGGCCGUGCGGGCCGGGGGGAAAUGCCUGGUGUACUGCAAGAACGGCCGCAGCCGCUCCGCUGCCAUCUGCACGGCUUAUCUCAUGAGAUACCGGCGGCUCUCGCUCAAGGACGCGUUUGAGGCUGUGAAAACUGCCAGACCUGUAGCAGAACCGAAUGCAGGAUUUUGGUCUCAGCUGCAGAGAUAUGAAGAAGAUUUGCAGAUACCAAAGCAGUCUGCUCUGCCCAGCAAAGAACUUAAAAAUAGUGAUGUGUGAAGAUACUUUAAAGAAAGUGACUUGCUACAGACUUUAAAAAAAAAGAAAAAAAAAGGAGAAAAAAUCAUUUCCUAAAUCACCUGUAUGUAAAACACUUUAUCUCCAUAACUGAGUUGAUGGUUCAUUAAAUUCAUUCAGAGCAUUUCUGUUGGUAAGGAAUGAAAACAGGGCAGAAAAGCAGGGAAUAAGAGCAGAAACAGAAAAUGGUUGGAAGGACUGUAAGCAAACCAGAGAAAGGUAUGGAAUCUUCGGCAGUUAUUUUCCCCUGAAAGACACUGAAUAUGGUAACAGUGUACUGAACGAAGGAAGGAGUUACCACACAGGGAUUUUACUCCUGUUGUUUAGUUAAACUUCCAGUUCUUCUAACUGCCAUUAGAAGACGUGAUGCCAGACCAAGGAAGUUCUGAAUUUCUCUCUCACCUACUGGACCAUAAUUCAUAUUAAUGAGCUGGCACAACCUUUGGUGGGAAACUGACAGCGGUUGAUGCUUUUGUCUCUGCAAUUUCCUUAUAUCCAACUAUACCAAAGUACCUUCACAAAUUACCCCCAAAUCCAAAGGACAGACUAUAGGGAUGAUGGUAAGGAGUUCAGCUCCCACCAUGCAGGCUAAAUGCCUUUUCAGCUUUUGAAAUUAUUCUCUAAAACACCAAAGGGAUGAUUUAAAAAACUGCAGAUGAUAGCGGAGGGAAGAAGAUGACACUGGCAAUCUAGAAGUGAUCACCACUCCUUUUAGCUUUACUUACUAAGUCCAACAGUGCCCAGUUCAUGCCUUAGUGUGUCAGUUUACAAGUCAGCUGUUCCUGCAUGCAAGCAACAUGGCUAAAUCAUUUCUGCUGAGACUGCUUGCAGGUUGCCCUCUAAAGUUAUCUAUUGAGCUGCCAAGCAAACUGCAUGAAACGUCCAGAUCAGACUGCUACGUGUUUAUCAUUAGCCAUUCAAAACAGUGUUUUGUCAAACUGUAUGAAUACAUUUGUCAUUUAAAAGGGACAAGUUCUGGAACCUGAGAAGCUGCAGGAUGAAAUUCCAUUCCACCUUGCUGAAAGCAGAAAUGUGAAGUACAGUUAGCUCACUGCCAUCUGCUAAGUGUUCACACAAGGUAAAUGUAUGCUGCCAGCAGUGGAGUAGUUUAAGGCAGAAAUUCUAAUGAUGAACAGUGACAGAAAAUAAAACCACUGGGGAAUUACAUGAAUUAGAUAAUUCAGAUGCAGUAAAAGUUCCCAAAGAUAAAGACUGCUCAGAGUUAAAGUAAUGUUAUUUCAAAAGCUGAAACCAUAGAAAUAAAAAUAAAUAAUUCAGGCUAUCAUUUCCUUAGUUACCACAAGGCAUUUUCACACCAGAUGCUUUCUCCACUCCCAGCUGUGUUUUGUUCAUUCUGUAUCAUUUAUGUUCCGUAUCUGCAUUACAGCCAACAAGAAAUUUGUCACACAUCUGCAGAGCUGAAGGUGCUAGAAAAAUUUUGUAGCUUUUAUAAACCUACCUUGACUAUUAUAUAUAAUAAGAAUUUCAGUAUAAUGUGAGAUACUUAUUAGAAGAUUCCAGUCAUCAAAAAGUCUGUUUCAGUCUGUGGAACAAAAUUUAUUUCUUGUCAAAAGCUUAAGCUGUUAAACAAAAGAAGGAAGCUAAACAUUAAUGAAAACACAACACAUUUCUAACUGUGAGGCAUAUGAACUUGCAGUCAGAUACAGCUAUCAGUUCCACAUGUUUGAGUCAGCUGAAAUAGAAAACAUUGCUCUUGAGUGUCAGCAUAUACUGUGCUCUGGUUAAACUUUACCAGGCUUCUCAGCAUGCAGAAAACCUUCAUGCCACAGCAUUUCACAUCACGGCAUCUUCUGCAGAAAUCUAUUUACAUCUGAAAAGCAUUCCUAUUUGCACUGAAAGCCAUACCUCCUCCUGGUACUGCUCCAAAUUAAGGCAUAGGAUUGCAACUUGGAACCGGGACAAUAAAGAAGUGGUUCACUUCUU